AUGCCUGAAUACCGCCACGCCAGAAGCGGUAGCCUCAGCGUUGCCAACGGCGGUUCACACUCUCAGGCGAGCGCUAUGGCGAAUACUCCCCGCUUCGAUGGACCCCGAAGUCCCCCGAAUACGUCCCACGUUCCUUGCAAGUUCUUUCGCCAAGGUGCUUGUCAGGCUGGUAAUGCCUGUCCUUUCAGUCACGAUCUGAGCAACGCUGCUGAGAACGUCUGCAAAUACUUUGCAAAGGGAAACUGCAAAUUUGGUCCGAAAUGCGCAAAUAUCCAUAUCCUCCCUGACGGUCGACGCAUCAACUACGGAAAGAAUGGCGUCACGAUAGGCAAUACUUCCGCCCUCGCGGGUCGAUCCAACCCCACCUCCGCAAGCAACAAUCAAUCCUCCACCAGCGCCCUUACCACCUCCCUCUACCGCGCUGACGUUCCAGCAUACACUCCGGCAUAUCCCUACGAUGAACAAGAUCAACAUACUCUCGGUCGACAGCCUAGCCUUGAGAAUGGUCUCCCAACCAUCGAUAUGUCCUAUACUGGAUCCAACUACGGUUCUCCCCGAGACGAAGAGUCCUUGCGCUUUGGCAUGGGACUUUCUCCUAUCAACAACAAGGGUCUCUCUGUCCUAGACGCUCCUCUCCCCGCAUCUUUCGAUUCCAAUGGCAUCUCCAACGCUGCUCGCUUCCCCGCUGGUCCGUGGCCAUCGUCCGUUCCCAACCAAUUUGGCAUCGAAUCGCCAACUCCUUCGCUCAGCAAUGCUAAGGACUCGCGUACGUCGGAGACUCUCAAGCUUUUACACACUUCAGCAUUUGGUUCGUCGGAACACCUCUUGGCCCCUCUGGAUAGAAGCCCUCCUAACUCUCAUCAAGCCAACGGGGAGGAGUAUUUUGGCAGGCGAGCUAUGCACUCGUCCCGCUUUACCAAGCCCCGGAUGCUCAGUUCCAGCAUGCCUAAGACGUCUGUUGACCGAGACUGGGAGCCUGGUUUUGCCUUUGGCGACGAUGACGACAAUCUCCCCGAGAACUAUGUACCCGAAAACCUCCAAGACCUCUUGACUCCAGUCGAAAAGGCUCGCCGUGGCUCUAUGCGAGCUGACAGCGAUGUCGAGGGCCUCAGCAAAUACGGCAGUCCCAUCGGAACCAGCCCUAGCCGAUGGGGUCCUAUGUUCCAGCGACAGAAGGAAGAGGAGGAAACCUCCCGAUCUCUCCGAGGUGCUUCUGCUUUUGGUCACGUAGGAAGCCCACUCCGGAACUCUGUUCUUUCUCAAGAGAUGGGAGGCACAAAUGGAUUUGUCCGUCCAUCUUCUUUGCGAUCUGGCAGUGACGGCAUGUCCAUGCUUUCUCAGCAACUUCAGCGAAGCCGUCUUGAUGACACUGCAGGCAAUUCUAGCCCUCUUCUCCACCCCGCGGCCGCUCGAGCUGGUGCUACCGCUAGUGCCAUUAGCCCCAUCAGUCCUAUUGGCAAAGAGCGUGGUGGCAUGGAACGUCAUGUGUCAAGCGGUAGCAUCAGCUCAUCUAUGAAUGGCCGAUUCACUACCCCAAUCAACGAAGACGACGAAAUGUUCCACAUGGAGGGCAUGGAGGAAGACGGUGAGCCUUCUAUCAAGUCACCCAAGAGGACCUCAGCUGGCUUGGCCAAUGUCUGGAGCAGCUAUGCUGGUGCUGUCGCCGGCAAGCCUUCCACCAAUGGAACAAAGGGAGUUCCUGUCAGCGGCCGAUAA